UCCACGCGUCAUGACGCGUUCCAUUUUCAAAUCAAAUCGCGUAAAUCAUUCGUAAAUUUUAACUUAAAAAGUUUACUAAUAAAUAAAAAUGGACUUAAAAGAGAUAAUAAAGUGGUUUAUACCGUGUUUCCACGUGCUACUAUAUUAUAGAAUAUAUAAAAUUAACUUCCGUUUGAUUAUUUGUUUGUUUUUACUAUUGCCGUGUCCCAGUUUCGCGGGUAAAGUGUACCGUAGUGACGUUGUUUUCAAUAGUUAUAAUGUUAAUAAUAAUACCAAAAAUAUAGGUUUAUUUAACGAAUAUCAAGACCAAGAUCAUGACAGGAUAAAUGCACCUCGGACGUAUAAAAGUUAUGAGGAUACCUCUGUUGGACGAACUUUUGGUCGGCCGUUCAAGAAAAUGAUCCAAGCUUUGAUACCGCUGGCGUUCCAGCUCGGAGCGGCUGCGACUUGGGCGACGGUGGCUGCGCUUGUGGGCGUCAAGACCUUAGCCGUUACCUUGAUCAUACUCAAACUACUGCUGGUCGCAGGUGCUGCAAAGAUCGGAGCGCUGUUCGCUUCUAAAGGCCAUGAUCAUCAUCAGGCAUGGACCCCCCAGCAAAAGGAGAUACACUUGCAUAUACACAAUGGAGGGUUGCACGGCGAUGAGCACAGUGUUCCUAUCUCGCCAUGGAGCAGAGAGGGACAGAGCCAAGCGGAUACAAAGCAGGUCAACGUUAUUUACGAGCCCUACCCCGGACCUCAAACUAUAAGCACCCCAUAUGGACACUACAUGAAAAUCGAACCGGGGGCUCAAGUCACCCAAUGACGAAUGACCAAAUAUAGAUCUUAAGUUAUGUUGUGUUGUUGGUGGUAAGUGCUGGGUCCACCCAUCCACCAGGCUAUUUAGCGAAACAUUUUGUUAAUAGGAUGAGCCAGUGUAAUUAUUGACAGUAUAUAAAGCUAUCCUAUGGUGGUGAUAUCAUUUUAAAACAAAAAUUUAAAAAGUAAUUGAUAUUUUUUUUAAAAUUACAUUUCAGUUAUAAUCCAAUACAAUACAAUGUAUCUGUGGCUUUAUAUCAGUUUUUUAAGAUGGCAACAUUAAAAAAAUCAUACUAUAGGACUUCGAAUUCAUUACAUUUUAAUACUUUUAAAUUUGUUAUGUAUUAAUUAUAUAUAUUAUUUAAUUAGUGUUAUUAUAUAUUGACUGACUGCCUCAUAUUAGGUAUAUAGGCUAGAUAAAAUUCCCCAAAUCUCGAGGUUCAAAUCCUGGAUAAUAAAAGGUUAUUGAGUUUACCUGUCAAAAAAUUCUCUGUAACAGCCCGGAGGAAAGCAACUCCUGUGCCUUGGAUAGCAUGCAGCUAGCUGGUCGUAUCGGAUUAUGAGACUGAUGGAAUAGAGGGUGCAACUGUGCUUAUGUGUGUGCACACACAUAAGCUCCAUAAUAUUUCCUGCAUAGUUUUCUGGUCUUCCUGGUCAAGACGACAUCAUCAUUAAAAUAAGCUUAAAGAGACUAUAAAACUAUGAUUACUGAUACCUUUUAAAAUAAUCAUAGUAUCUUUUAAGAUAAAUAUAUAUUGUUAUAUAGUAAGUUAAAAAUUAAACUGAAAGUAUUAAUUUAUUUAUAUCGUAGUUACCUUAAAGUGUUAAGUUAAUUUAUUUAUUUAAUAUUUAUUAUUAAGUCAGUACAAUUGUAUGUCUGUACUUAAAUCAAUAAAAAAAUCAACGAAUUUUAGCAUUUUGUUAUAAAUUGUUUCUGUAACUUGGUGCUAAAAGGCGAAUACACAGAAUUUAGAUUAAACUAGAUACCGCAAGAAAAACCGAGCGUAUCGCCUUGUUUAUACCUACGGUUACGUCACCUCCGCCAUACUUGAACAUGGUUAUUUGAAUAACAGAAUUACUUAUAGAUGGUGAUACCUUCAUUGUCUCUAUUUACUACCCGAGAAGAGUUUUUACACUUUAUAAAGGUACAAUUACAAGGACACAAACUAAAGUAGUAUCCGGUCUAGUUUGUGCAUAGAGCAUGCUUGGUCUGAUUCAUCUUGUAUUUUAUAAAUCUGUGAGCUAAAAUCCUACUUUUGAUAAACACAAUAUAAACAAUGAACAUAUAUAUGGAUAAACUUCGACGUUCAAAACGCCAUAUUUUCGUAAAUCCAUAGUGAAUAUCAUAGACUAAUCAAGCUCUCGACCAAUGAUGUCGCGUCAAUUUGCUGUCAAAUGUUGUUUAUUUGGCUUUUUCCUCUUAUGGUUGGAAUAGAGUAUAUAUGUAUAUAUAUGUUAAUUGUUUUGUACAAUGUAUGCCUUUUUGCGAAAUUUUUAUUAGUUAUGUUAG